AUGGACGACAACUUGAAGAAAGAAUACGAGGCAAAAGCCCAGAAAGUGCGAACAGACCUCAAGCAAUGGGAAGCAGACUGGGCAAAGUCACAUGAUGGAAAGAAACCGGGGAGAGACGACAUCAAGAACAAUCCCCCUCCAAAAGCCCAAAAGUAUAAAGACUACAACAAGCUUCGCGAUAUCAUAGCUGGCAAGCUGGCUCCAGACACCACCUCGGCGUCGAAGCAGAAACACGAGAAGCGCAAAUCAGACGCUGCGCCGGCUGGCACCCCCAUGAAGCGAGCGAAACACGCAGAGACUCCCUCGAAGCGCAUGGCGCCUCCAAGCGGCGACGAGUACAUGAACAGCCCGGCCGUCUCUCGAAAGCUAUUCAGCCCAACCCCCAUAACGUCCAUCGGCCCAACGCCGCAGCGAGAUGGCAAAGUCCUUGGCCUCUUCGAUCUGUUGGUGGAGCGGGAGUUCAAGAGCCCGUUAAAAGGAGCGACUCGCCCUGCCAAUGUCCACGCGACGCCUAGUAAGCGUAGAAGCAGCUUGAGCGAUGAUGCUGCGGCCAACCUCGGCCGUACUCCCAGCUCCACGAGCAAACGAAAGCUAUUUUCAACACCUAUGAAGAAGAGAGAUGGGCAGAAUAUGGCGGGCACGCCUUCCUCUGUAUCCAAGCUUCAGUUUGAUACUCCCGCCUUUCUAAAGAGGCACUCUCUGCCGACGCUAGACGAAAACACGACGUUCGAUGCUCCACCGCUCAGAUUACCGCGAAAGCCCCUGGUUCGUGGCUUGAGCGAAAUAGUGGCCAGUCUUCGGAAAGUCGAGGAAGAACAGUUGGACGACGAUCUCGAGGCGUUGCGGGAGGUUGAAGCUGAGGCCGAGGCCGCCUCAGGAGGUCCGCCGCCUCAGCCCCCUGUCAAGUCGCAAAAACCAGAGCCAAAGCAGGACAUACUGGAGCCGGAUAGUCAAGCCAAACAGCUGCCAUUGGGUGGAUUCGACGACGAAGGCAUGUACGACAGCCCUACAGAAGACGCUGUAGACCGCGACGGACGGCCGAUGAAGGUAUUCAAAAAGAAGGGACAGAAGCGAACGACGCGGCGAGUCAACAUGCGGCCGGUGCGAACCAAGCGGCCAGCGAACCUGGCAGAGGAUAAUGAAAGUGAUGAGGACGAGGACGACCAGGCAACGAUUCCAGAUACCCAAGCUCAGAUGGACAAGUCAGACAUCGCAGGCGAGUCUGACGGCGAAUACGAAGACGGACAUGAUACCCCAGGCGCAAAGGCCAAAGCGGAAAAGCCCGCCAAGCCAGAAGGAGUGGUGAAGAAGGCGGCCCGCAAGGUCAACCAGCUGGCGCACGCAAACUUCCACCGGCUGAAGCUGCGGAACCACGGCGCCAAGGGUGGCCCGGCUCAUAACAGCCGGUUCCGAAGGAGGAGAUGA